AUGUGUUCCUGCGCCUGCGCGCGCCUCCUCCCCCCGCUCUUCAGCUCCGCUCCAACCCCAAAGCCCGGACCCGCCUUGGCGCACGGCCCGACGCCAGCCCGCAGCCGCGCCGUCGUCGCGCUCGCGGGCGCAGCCUCCCGGGACGACGCGUCUGCGCCGCUGUCCGGCUUCGACUUCCUCGCGCUGAAGCGAGAGCUUGAGGAGGAGGAGGAAGCAGUGGUGGCUGUGGAUGCGAAGGAAGGUGGUGAGUCUGUCAAUGAGGACGAUGGAGAGAGGGGGGCAGAGAGGAGUGCGGGUGGUACGAGGAGGCGGCGGCGGCGGCAGAUGGCGAGGCGAUCGGCUCUGCUCGCGAAGCAGGUGAUUAGUGUGAGCUCGGCGCGGAGCCUCGGGUUCGUGUCGCAGCUCUGGAUCGACGCCGCCUCGGCGUUAACUCUGAGUGUUUCUUAA